AAUGUUAACCAUCAUGAACCUGAACAAUCAUACCGUUGGCCAAUAAUUCUUCCAAAUCAACACAACACAAAUCACGUUUACUAUCUUUGUUCUGUCAGUGCUUUGAGAUACGGGUGAUUUAUUUGCAGUUUUGUAUUCGAAUUCUGCUGAAAAAACCCCGACUCGUGCGGUUAGACUUUAUGAAUCAAUGGCGUUCUUUUGCAAGGGGCUAAUGUUUAAGAGGAGAUAUUUCCCAGCUUCCUAUACUUCCUAUAAAUCUGAAAGAGCAAUCUAACAUGUUCUGCGAGAAUAAGAUCAUAUGAAUGGGUAAAAAAUGAAUGUACCAAGAUGUUUUUUUUUUUAUUAAUUUCCCAAUCCUAUCUUCUCUAAUUGAUCACUUGCCACGAUCGAUUACACCACUAACAAUACUUUCACUCACAUGAUUCCAUUACGUUUCAGGGUAAAAUAUACAUAUAGAUGCAUUUUUAUCCAAUCAUGGAAUGUAAAAUCUAUAUAAGAACGAUUCUUCUGCAUCUGUAUGGUGAGCUCAAUAGCGUUACUUUAACCUUUUUUUUUUUAGUUAAUAUUCACACCACCACAACCGAUUCCGCACAAAUGAAACGUGAAGUAAGCCAAAUAUGUUUGGAACCAGAAGCUAGUCCAUAUUAUACAGCCGAAAGAAAGUCCCGUAUCGAAGUUAAUAAACAUUUUCAUAGUCAGAGAGACAGCAUUUGGCACGUUUUAAAUCUACCUCCAGACGUACGAUCCUCCUGAUCCUGAGACGUACAACAGAAAGGCAACAUGAUUUAUAGUGUCUCCCCAUCGCUUAUUGAUUGUUUCUAUUCCUGUUCAAUCAACGCAAUUCGACGACUGCCAUAGACGCGAAGACAAUGGUUUUUAUUUUUUGGUUUUUUGGAAUCACAGCAAAUCAUUUUUGUGGUUUUCACAUUAAAUGUUCACACGUUUGUUUAAGUUUUGGAGAAUUUGAAAAAAAUCUAGAUUAUUCUAAACAUUUACCGACGCCCCGUAAUAGAAUGACGAAUCAAUCAAGGUGUUUGAUUCAUUUGAUUUUUAUUCUUUCUUGUUAAGCCUUACACCGAUCGGUACAAAUCUGUAGUUCAAAUAGAUGUAUGUUACAUGCACGUGUGAAUGUGUGCGUGUGCAUGUGAAUGAGCGAGUGCAUGAUGACGAUAUUACACUGUGAGACUAAAACGGAGAUAAGUAAAUUGAGGCGAAGCUGUAAAAGUGGCCAUGUAGAGAAUGCGAAAGCAAUUGUACCCGUGAGAAGGUUGUUAUACUGUUGCCAAUUGCUGUCAUCUGACGAUGAAAACGUUUAACGGCGUAAGGAUGGCUUCUGAUGUAUUCUGAAUACUACACCACAACCAAUCAACGAAAUCCAGUUCCCUUUCCGCACGAUAGCACACUUAGCUGUAGCAAACUUGCAAACGUACCAUUGAUUCUUUUAUCAUACCGAAACAUGCAAUAGUAUUAGGCGUGAAUACGCCACCGUACCAAUAGAACCAAUCCAUCAACCAUCCAACCAAACAACCAGCCACACUACACGGGACCCUGCAUCCCAAAACCAAUAGUAAGAAUUUGUAGAACUCUUUCAGCAAGAAUUUCUGCAAACUCCAGCAAUCGAUAGGUAAUCAAAGUGUGAUAAAAGAUUCAGUUUUUUUUAUAAUUUCAUUAUGUGCAUUCUUUAUUUAAUAUUAUUCGCCAUAAACCAUAGCAGAAUACAUGCUCUUAUCCCCUGUGCUUCUACAUUACGCUAUGAGCUCAUAUUACCUAAUAAGUCCCAUAUAGAAACGAUUCAAAUCGUUUUAAAAGUAUAGCUACCGUGGCUAUGCAAUUACUUUACAGUUUUGUUUAGCCUUCACUGUUAAAAACCCAAUAGAACUUGUAAUAUUUACAAGUGGAAACCUAUCUUUGUUUAGAGUUUGCAAAGCUAACCAUGUGCUUCAGUUCACUCUGUCAGCAAUUAAAACUAAUGGAUAGCUAACAAGAGAAUGUGAGGAAAGGAUAAGGGAAGUAUGAAUAUAAUCAGGUAUGGGCACGAUGUUUACGAAUGAGAUUAUUGGGCAAAGAGUGUGAUUCAAAAACGGUUCCAAGAUGUAUGUUUUUGAAGCUGAAUGAAUGCGCAACAGCCAGGUCACUAACGCGAUAAGGGCGGUCUAAAUGUUCCAAUGAUAAUUUCUGCAGAAAAGAACGUAUAUGAGAGCGUGUGUUUGUGAUUGUAGGAAUUGAGCAAAUGAGUGUGUCUCCCCAUAAGAGAGCGUUGCCAAUAUUAGUCAGAGUUUAACUUACUACAAAAAACCCCCAAAAAUCAAACUGAAUAAAAAGAAGAACUCUACCAUUUCCCUCCGUUCCCCGUUUCCCUCCCCAGAGCAUCUAAACCGCAAAAAGAACAACAAACAAACAAACAAACGAAGAAAGGAGUAAACACGACAAAAAUAAACCUUAAUAAAGCAAAUGGCACAAAAGGAUAGAGUAGGGCUACAGAGAGGUUCCUCUCUGCUAGAAAACAAAAACUAAUGAGAUAUUGAGGUGAAACAAAUGAAAAGGAAAGGGGGAAUGAUACAGAAUAUCUUGAUAAUUUGUUACGAAGUAAGACACAUUUUCAUAAAAACCCAAAAAUGGACUAAAUUCAGAAAACUGAUGAGAUGAAACCCUUGACGAGGAUUGCGGAAGGUACAGAAGAAGAGUGGAAUGGAAUCCUUACGCGCCAUUGCGAGUUUGAAAGCUUAAUUGCACAUCCGAUGGUCCCGUACACCCUAGAACUCACCUCUAACCAUGCUUGUACCAUAUUUGCUCAAUUCAAUUUUCAACACAACACAAGCAAACCUUAUACAAUACACACUUACAUCUCUGUGCACACAAUUACAAACAGCAUCUUUCGAAUCCUAUUAUUUGGAUGAGUUCAGCAGCGCUUUUCUGUUGAUUUUUUGUUCCUCCAUAGAAUAGUGCUCCAGAUACUAGCUCCAGGUGAUACUGGAUGAUAAACACAAAACAUUUAUACCUCGAGUAGAUUAUUCUUGUACGUGUUGGUCUAGAUUUGUCCUUGAAAUAUUCUUAAACCGUGUGCCAUCAGAAUGAUUGAGACAGAGAGAUAGUGAGCGACAGGGAGUAUCCGUACACCUUUGAUGCAUUUGAUUUGUAGCUCCUGCUCAUUAUCUUGUGUUUUACGUUAGAUCUUCACCUUAAGAGAGAGUACGUACUACUUGGAACGCUGAGCAGCAGCAGCAUCGAGCUAAGCGUUGACUGCUUGUAAAUUCCUAACCAUACCUAACCUCGGGAUCGGAAAAGUGCUGAUGAUUGUGCUGCGAAAGGGGAAAACGUGUUGUAGACGAUCGAUGACGAUGGUGGUCCCUUAUUGAUUUACUAUCAUGUAGUGUUUUAAUAUGUAAGCCCUAGAGUGUAAAUGAUGCUAUAUUCCUACUCGCUCCUUAAUAAUUUGUCACAUAAUAGGACUCAGUGAAACUCGGCACGAUCCACAUUUGGGGAGUAUCCUUUCGAUUGUAUUUAUUUAUAGUAAAGUAGACGCGUGUGCACGGAAUAGUAAUGUGGGAGUGCGUUUCGAGAGGAAAAAAUCAUAUUAUUAUUUAUCUCUUGACCGCACAGCAGCGAGCGUAACGGUGGAAUGGGUUGAUUUUUAUGUUUCUACCUCAUUUAUUUAAUAGUAAGUUUCGAUUGCCACCGCGUGCCACCGAAACGCGCAGCAUCAGAGAGGCGAGAGUGAGUAGAGUAGUUUGCGUUCCCCCGCUUUCAUGCGACAUAUUCAUUUUAGUCCUAUUCAAUAAGCAUUAGGAUACACAGAUCGUCUAUAGUUGCAUCAAACUAUGGGGAAAUGUUGUUGCUGUAACAGCUGAACAACUCAUCCUUACUAUGGUGCAUUUAAUUUUCUUUAUUUCCCCUUUUUUCUUGACGAGCUUGUGGUCAUUGCAAAAUUUCAUGUUAAUCCCUUUUUCUAAACAAACAAUUAAUUAUGUAGACCUACCAAUCCCUACCAUAAGCCAAAGGCUGCAGAGGUAACGAGCUGAAACGGGGUAGAACCAUUUGAUGUAAUGCUUUGAGAAUGAUUUUUUGUUUUGUGAAACAUGCAUCUCCGUGCAGAUAAAAAUGGAGUUAGACUGAUCGGAUCAAGCGAAGUACGUAGUACCAUCAGGCUGUUUGGGAAAGCGUUUUGGAAAGUUUGUGAAACAACGCGGUUUGCGGACGAAAGAAAUUAAAUAAACCAAUGUGAUGGGACACACUUUUUCUGUACAGUUACAAAACGAAAUUAAGUAACUUUUUAAAAAAUCUCGUUAUCCCGAUAUGUCCUAUUUCAAUUUUGCUUGAACUUUUAGCACUCACUAUCGAUUACGGUCAAAAGAAACCUUUAGUUUGGUUUUUGAUUCCUGAUUUCGAUUUAUUAAAAAUAUGGUUUAAUCAAUUAACUAGCUUCCGAUCGUUUUCAAUGCUCUUGAUAUUAUUGACCUUCCUAUCAUAAGUUGGUAUAUGCAGGAACAUGGAGGAAAAAGGAAAAUGAGAUGCACCACAAAGAUAAAGCUCUAAGGCAUUGCGGGGAUCUGCACGGCAAAAGUGCACUAUCACUAGAGAUAUCAUUUAAAUUAACUCUCCCCUUCAGUGUGGUUACUCUAAUUAUAACGUAAUUAAUGCAUACAACAAACACCCACUUCUCAUAUUAUAUUAUCAUCAUUAUUAUUAUAUUCUAAUGUUUUCUCACUAUUUAAAAUGAGAAACACAUCGACACACAUACACACCCAAAUCCCUACACAAACAAAUACACGAUUACCAUAAACGAGAUUGCUAGAGAGUGUUGUGGUCACGUUGAGAAACACGGCAAAGGGUGAAGCUUCGUAAAUUUGUGCAAGAACAGUUUAAAAAAAGAAUGAAACCAUACAAACCUAUGUUCAGCAAAGCGAAUAGUAUGUACAUGCCCUUUCCCUCGCACCGUUUAUAAGAAAGUUUAGGAGGGAACAGCGGGUGAAUAUGCAAACCAGUGGGUGGGGCAGUGGAGUAAAUGAAAAGUGGAAAGGAAAUGAAAAAAUAAAUCGUUAAAUUAUAAGAAAAAGAUAAUAAAUAUAAUGCAACACACAACAACACAGACACAUACACCCUAAACACAACAUGCAUCUCGGUUUCCCGAUUUGAUUUGCCGAAUCCCCCACCCUCCCACAACACUGCUGGUAUUAGGAUGUACUGGUUUCGUUUAUUUUUUUUGCUUUUGGUCUACGAAAAUGUUAAACCAAGUGUUUAAAGUAAAACUCAUCCAGUGAAUGUAAGUAAACCGAACAAACUGUAACGGCGGUAAAAUAGAGGAGGAAAACUAACCGACAACCGACCGACAACAAACUGUAGCCGGUAAGCACCACGCGAUAACACACAUUAACAAACGUAGAGUAAGAGGGUAAGAUGUGGGCGCUAAAUGUAGGGAAAACAUAAAACUAGAAAUGUAAAAUGGCAAACAUACAAACCACAGUUAAAGUAGAUGCCGCCGAGAAGCGAGACAAAGCAACAACAACAACAAAAAAAAAACAAAAAGAUAAAAUAAACACGACGAAGAGAUACAGAUACACACAGUGACAACACACUCAGAUUUAAGAAUAGAAAAAUCAACAUGAUGUAACAAGAAGCGAAGAACAGAGAGGUAGGGAGAAAGAGACCGAGAGCAAGCUGUGGUUGCAAGAUAAGCACGAAGAGAAGAGAAGAAAAAAAAAACACACAGUGAACCGUGAUCGAUUAUUGUCUUUUUGUAACAAAAAAUGAUAAAAAGUGGGGUACAUCCAA